CCAAAACACCUCUAUAGAUCCCCCACCGAUCGCUAUUCGAAGCUUCUCCGUUCCUUCCUCCCUCUCGUAAGCGCACGGUGACGACGGAGUGAGCGAGAGCGAGGCAACGGUCUUGGGCAGAUCCUAACUCCACUCUUUCUCUUUCUUCGGAAGGCGACGCAUCUUUGUUCCCUCAUUUCCUAUCUUAGGUCUCUCUCUCUCCGAUCCCUGAUGCAUGCUUUCCUAAUCGAUCAUCCAGGUCGGUCAGAUUACCUAAUAUUUGACUUCGUCACCUCGAUCCCUAUGAUAUUGUGUCUACUUUACUGUCAGUCGAUCAUGUAGGCUCUGUAUAAUUUGUCCGUCAUCGGUGGCUUUUUUCUGGUAUUUUCUCAUUGAACUAAAUAUUUGUACUUAUUAUAGGCAUAUGCUUGUGGUGAUUUGAUCUUUUGGUUGUUUUAAGUUGGGAUUUAGGGUUAGGGUUAGGGUUCAGGGUUUACAUUUUAAUCUUCUAUGCGGGAGCUACAUUUUAUUUGAAAAUUUUGGUCUGGGUGAAUUUUUUUUCCUUUUCUUUCGGUGCAUAUAGGGUUUUGCUGGCACAAUUAUAGGAAUUAUUUUUAAGUUGGUUUUAUGGGUAUCAAAGUUUGUUAAGCUCAUGUCUUAAUGUGGAUAUUUUCCUGGAGUUUUUGUUUGGUUAAUUGUUUGUUUGAUUGAUAAGUGAUAUUGUGCUUAUGUCUCUAAAUACUAAUAGACGAGGAACUUAAUUUUCUCAGUAACACCAGAUCUUUUGAGUCCUUGACAAUGCAAUUUGUAGAAAUGAUUCCUAUUAUGGCAUGCAGACUGGCAGAAUUUUGGUUAGGAGAAUUGUGUAUAUAAUUGGUAGUUCAAGUAAGGUUCUGUAACUUUGUUAAACAUGCAAGUGGGAAAUAUGACAUAAUGGGCUGUUAUAAGUUAAUAUAAUUGGGUGUGUAUUCUGGUAAUCGAAUUAUUUGAGCCUUUAUCAGGUGAUUGUUGCCCUUUAGUCUGUGGUUAAGUCCUUGAUGAAGUUGCUUGGUUUUGCUAAUUUUAUAUUUUAUCUGUUGGCUUCCAUAUUGUUCUCUAGUGCCAUAAACGUGGUGAUGGAGAUCACCCAGGUCCUGUUGUCUGCUCAAUCUUCUGAUGGGCAGAUUCGAACUGUUGCUGAAGCAAACCUUAAGCAGUUUCAGGAACAAAAUCUCCCUCGUUUUCUACUUUCUUUAUCUGUUGAGCUAUCAAGUGAACAAAAGCCUCCUGAGUCUCGGAGACUUGCUGGUAUCAUACUUAAGAAUUCCCUAGAUGCAAAGGAUGCAGUACGGAAGGAAGAACUGACUCAGAAGUGGGUCAGUGUGGAUGCAUCUAUCAAAGCGAAAAUCAAGGAAUCCUUGUUGCAGACUCUUGGAUCAUCAGUAUCUGAAGCACGUCACACAUCAUCCCAAGUCAUUGCCAAGGUUGCAUCCAUCGAGAUACCACGGUGUGAAUGGCUGGACCUUAUAGGGCGGUUGCUAAAAAACAUGACUCAGCCAGAUGCCCCUGCUCCUUUGAAGCAAGCAACCCUGGAGGCACUGGGGUAUGUUUGUGAGGAGGUAUGUCCUCAGGACUUGGAGCAGGAUCAAGUAAAUGCUGUUCUAACUGCUGUCGUUCAGGGCAUGAACCAGAUGGAACAUAGUUCUGAAGUUCGCCUUGCAGCUGUGAAGGCACUUUAUAAUGCUCUAGAUUUUGCUCAGACUAACUUUGAGAAUGAGGUAGAGAGGAACUUCAUCAUGAAAAUUGUCUGUGAGACUGCUAUGUCAAAAGAGUUGGAGAUCAGACAAGCGGCACUUGAGUGUCUUGUUUCUGUAGCCUCUACAUAUUAUGAGUAUCUUGAGCCUUACAUGGAAAGCCUCUUUGAUUUGACUGCAAAUGCAGUGAGAGUAGAUGAGGAGCCUGUUGCUCUUCAAGCCAUUGAGUUUUGGAGCUCUAUAUGUGAUGAAGAGAUUCAAAUUCAAGAGGAAAUUGGGGAAGAUGGUGGGAGCUCUUCUCCCCAUUCUAAUUUUAUAAAACAAGCACUUCCUGUGCUGGUGCCAUUGAUGUUAGAAACAUUGCUGAAGCAAGAGGAUCAGGAUCAGGACCAGGAAGAUGGUGUUUGGAAUCUGUCUAUGGCGGGUGGGACCUGCCUUGGACUUGUCGCAAGAACCGUUGGGGAUGCAAUUGUGCCCCUUGUGAUGCCAUUUGUGGAGAAUAAUGUAACAAAGAGUGACUGGCGAAGUCAUGAGGCAGCUACUUUUGCAUUCGGGUUAAUUCUUGAAGGUCCAUCCAUUGAAAAGCUUGCACCACUUGUUCAUGCUGGACUUGAGUUCCUGUUGAAUGCAAUGAAUCACCAAAAUAGUCAUGUCAAGGACACAACAGCAUGGACCCUUGGUAGGAUCUUUGAGUUUCUGCAUUCUGCAAGUAGUGAAUAUCCAAUUUUGACUACCACAAACCUUCCUCGAAUCGUGUCUGUAUUACUGGAAAGUAUCAGAGAUGCUCCAAAUGUGGCUGAGAAAGUUUGUGGAGCCAUUUAUUUCCUUGUCCAGGGCUAUGAGGAUGACGGUUCCAAUUCAUCAAUGCUCACGCCUUAUCUUGGUGAUAUUGUUUCAGCUCUCCUCUCUACAGCUGAUCGUACCGACACAAACAAUGUGAGGCUUCGUUCAUCUGCAUAUGAAACACUGAAUGAGAUAGUUCGACGUAGCAGUAUACCUGAAACUUCAAACAUGAUUGCCCAUCUACUCCAUGAAAUCAUGACUAGAUUGAGCAAGACUCUGGAGCUCCAGAUCGUCUCUUCGGUGGACAGGGAAAAGCAGAGUGAUCUGCAAGCCCUGCUAUGUGGUGUUAUUCAAGUAAUAUUACAGAAAUUGAGUUACUCAAAUGAGACAAAGUCUAUAAUUUUUCAGUCUGCUGAUCAGAUGAUGAUCCUGUUUCUACAAGUUUUUGCUUGCCGCAGUUCUACCGUGCACGAAGAAGCAAUGCUUGCAAUUGGAGCCCUUGCUUAUGCCACAGGCCCUGAAUUUGCAAAGUGCAUGCAAGAGUUCUACAAGUAUCUGGAGAUGGGUUUGCAGAACUUUGAGGAAUAUCAGGUCUGCUCUAUAUCUGUUGGCGUGGUUGGUGAUAUCUGUCGUGCAUUAGAUGAAAAGGUUCUUCCAUUUUGUGAUGGUAUCAUGAGUCAACUUCUAAAAGACCUCUCCAGUCCUAUGCUUCAUCGGUCUGUAAAGCCUCCUAUAUUUUCAUGCUUUGGAGAUAUUGCUCUUGCAAUCAGUGAGCAUUUUGAAAAGUACAUUCCUUUUGUGAUACCGAUGCUGCAAGGAGCUGCAGAACUCUGCUAUCAACUUGAUGUAAACGAUGAUGAUAUGCAAGAAUAUGGUAAUCAGCUUAGACAGGGUAUUUUUGAGGCUUACUCUGGCAUACUUCAGGGGUUUAAAAGUUCCAAGUCAGCUCUGAUGUUUCCUUACGCAAGUCCUCUUCUGAAGUUCAUAGAAGCUGUUGUUAUGGAUAAGAAUAGGGAUGAAGAGGUAACUAAAGCUGCCGUCGCAGUGAUGGGAGAUCUUGCAGACACUCUUGGUCCAAACACAAAGGUCCUAUUUAAGGAUGUUACCUUCCAUAUGGACUUAUUUGGGGAGUGUUUUCGAUCAGACAAUGACCAGUUGAAGGAGACUGCCACUUGGGCUCAAGGAAUGAUUCGACGAGUAUUAGUUUCUUAAGUGGAUAUAUCUUUCAACAGUCUAACCAAGGUUUCUUUGUCAGGUUAACAAGGUAAGGUUUCUGCAUGGUCUUCUGUAGUGUACCAAAGUUUCUGUUCUUGUGUUAUUUCUUCUGUUUCUGUGUUCUUACUGGCAAUGUUUUUCCACCAUAGACCAGGUGGUACAUGUGGUAUUUGGUUCACGAUCCACUAGUUUGUGGUCACAAAUUUCCUGCUCAAUCAAUUUCUUUGCUUC